AUGGUGUUGGCCGCUCCACCGUCAAGUUCACAGCGGCUCAGCAAUGCUGUCGAGACCGGUAUUCUGGAGAAAUCGGCCAACCUCCUUCCCAGCAUGAGACUCGAAGAGCUGGUGACGUUGAUGUUGGUCGUGACAGCGGUGUUCUUCAAAAACCUUCCUCUUGGGGUCGUUUUGGGGCUCGUACUAUCCCUGUACAUAGCUAUUGUCUACGGCGAUUUCAUUUAUCGUUCCUAUCUAACCCUUAACCGUGACGUCAGCGGCCUAUAUUUGAUAUUAGACCUCAAGUUCGAUUUAUGGAAGAAACUACGAGAAAAUCGUGGCCUCCAUGAGAUCUUUCUGGACGUCGUUAAACGAAAUAGCCAAAAAACAGCUAUGAUCGACAUUGAAACCGGUCGCUCCUUCACCUUUGAGACGUUCAACAAGGAAUGCAAUCGAUACGCGAACUUCUUCCAGGAGCAAGGUUUCCGUGCCGGGGAUGUGGUGGCACUCUUCAUGGAGAAUUCUGUAGACUUUGUUGCGGCAUGGGUGGGCCUCUCCAAACUCGGCGUCGCUACGGCUUGGAUUAACUGUAACCUGAAGAGAGAGCCACUGGCCCAUUGUAUUCAAACGAGCCGCGCCAAGGCCAUCAUCACCACCCGACUACUUCAACCUGUACUCGAAGAUAGUAUUACCGAUAAACUGCUCGAUUGUGAUGGAAUGACUUUGUAUAUAAUUGGUCAAUCCGAGAAGAAUUCUCAAUUCAUUCCUCUCACUGAAAAACUCACUACUCAGCCAACAAGUGAGCCAAAACGGUUGGACGUGAUUGACUUCAAAAGUGUUUUAUGUUUUAUUUACACGAGUGGUACAACAGGAAUGCCAAAAGCGGCUGUUAUGAAACAUUACCGCUAUUACUCGAUGGUAGUUGGCGCAGCCAAAUCGUUCGGUGUAUAUCCGUCGGACAGGAUCUAUGUGUCCAUGCCUAUUUAUCACACCGCUGCAGGAGUAGGUCAAACGAUAAUUCGUGGAUCGUGUUGUGUGAUUCGUAAGCGAUUUUCGGCAAGCAACUUCUGGAAAGACUGUGUGAAGUAUCAGUGUACGAAAGGCAGUUUUGCAGUAGAUAUUUUAAAACAGCAUGUCUGCGUUAUCCUUCACCUUCAUGUCAAGAGGUACGAGGAGGGGUUACUCUUAGUUCAUAGCGUGGGCUGCAAACAUGGCUAUUUUCACGAACAAAGACGGAGCGGUCACCCGAUAGCUUGGAUGAUUGGUCCCCGAGCUCAAGGGCCCGUGUUCCCCGGUCUCAUUGCCAGCUUAACGGCACAGUUCAGAUAA